AUGGUUCAAUUUAUGCUAAGUACGACAAAAUGGUACCUUAUCUUUUCUACAUCAACGGAGAUCUUAGGAUUUGUAGCUUGCACAUCAAAAGACCGUCUAUCUGCUUCAGGACCAGAUCGGGGGCUUCCUUCAGAGAUAGAUGCUGGAGAACAACAUGACUCACCAAAGCUUUCUCUUCCCGAAUACCACAUACCAACUCGAAAGGGAACGCAAACGGUUGAGAAACAAGACCCAAAACCUGGUAAAAAGAUGCCACCCGGCUUCUAUACAAUAGAAGAAAAAGCGAAACGUAUGGCGAAUAACAAACACUUUCUGCGAACAAAUCAGUUGAAUACGUUUGAAGAGGCGUUUGAAGCAGCUAAAGAAAAGCUACGAAAACAAAAGACAGAAGCCAAUAGACGAUUUAUAGUCGUGCAAUCAUCUUCAGGGGUAGCAAGAAGAAAGCGAAAAGACUAUCAUAUGAAAGACCACAGUACAAAAGAAAGCGUGAUCACUAGGAAGAUGAAUACUUUCUUGAAAGAGAAAAAUAAAAUCUACAAAUAUGAUGAAGCAAGGAAAAAAGCUGAAGAAUGGUAUCAAGAGCGAAAUUCGGUAAGUCAAAAUGCUCGAAAACAUGCUUCUUAUAACCUACAGACGGCGACAGACUUGGUUGCCGGUUUAUUACAACGACACAGAGGCAAAACUCUCGUGAUGACAGGUGCAGGUGUAAGCGUUGAUAGUGGAAUCGCACCUUAUAGAGGUAAAGAUGGUCAUUAUACAGUACACAAAUCGUACAGACCGAUCUUCUUUCAUGAAUUUAUCGAUCAAUCAGAAAAAGGUCAUGCAUACAGACAAAGAUAUUGGAGUAGAAGUUUUCUAGGUUUUCCGCCCGUUUUACGUGCAAGGCCAAACAAAACACAUUAUUCAAUGGCUGCUUUGCAACGAUUAGGAUACUUUGAAAAUAUAAUCACACAAAAUGUCGAUAGCCUGCAUCAUCUUGCAACACCUUCAGCAUCACUAGCAGCUUCAUCAAUACUGGAACUACAUGGAACAUUGCAAAACGUUGUAUGCGUUGCUUCACCUUCUGGUACGGAUCCCGAGCAACAUGCUCACCAUCACGCAGAACCUAUCGAUCAAGGACUCUACGAUCGAUUGUCCCUCUCUCAUUUAACGAAAGGAGGCCCGCGAAAGCCACCAGAACCACAAGCGAGAAAUACACCUGUCGGCAGGGUUGCUUAUCCAAAAGGAUGUGGAUAUCGCGGAAGUAGAGCUGCAUUUCAAUCGGAAUUAGCACAAAAUAAUCCUCAAUGGGAUAAGCUUGCUCAUGAUAUGGAACAGCAUGGUACACAGCCAAAGACAAAUCCAGACGGUGAUGUUGAAUUGGGAAAGAAUACGGAUUAUUCUUCUUUUCAAUAUAGUCCUUGUCCUCAAUGUGGUGGAAUAUUGAAACCAGCGGUUGUGUUUUUUGGAGAAAGCGUGCCGGAUAUCAUACGUGAUCAUAGUUUCGAAUUGGUAGACGAAGCUGAUGCUUUCAUCUUGAUGGGAACUUCAUUAGCAACGUAUUCUGCUUAUAGAUUGCUUAAAUCAGCACAAGAACAAGGAAAACGAACGCUUCUCAUCAACGUUGGUCCAACUCGUGGCGAUCCAAUCGUUGAUGAUAAGAUUGAAAUUGGAUCUUCCGAUAUCAUGCAUGCUGUUGCUUCACAAUUAACAAAUUCAAGAGCGGAAAAGGAUCCUGUCCUUAGAAGAUUAUUGGACAGCGGUGAAACUAUCGUGCCAAAUCGAAGGCGUGGAGUUGUUAGCUCAUAA